AAUUGAGUUCUUUAAAAAGUUUCUUUGGUCUCCAUGGAGUUGAGGAGCUGCUGCCCCCUGGCGUAAACUGUGUAAGAAAUAAGGAGUUAAAUAAGAGUUAUAGUGUGUGAUUUAGGUCGAAUUAUCUUGCUCUGAGAACGUUAAGGAUUGUUUAUCAAAUUGACAGAUAUAUAUAUAUAUAGAGAGAGAGAGAUUUGAGAGAUUUCAGGAGCUUACAAACACCCAGCUAGAUAUUACACAGGUAUGUAUAUUGUUUUGAAUUAUGUUUAUCAAUCCUCAAUUCACGAAUACAAAAAACUCAUGAAUAUAUCAGAUCGACAUAUUUGUUAGAUAUAUACAUGUGUAUAUGUAUAUACAUAUACAGUAUACAUAUAUAUGUGUGCUGUGGGAUCUGGCACCGACAUGUUUGGGGCAGAUCCUUUAAUUCCUCUAAGUUGCGAGGUGGGGCCUCCAUGGAUCGGACUUGUUUGUCCAGCACAUCUCACAGAUGCUUGAUUCGAUUGAGAUCUGGGGCAUUUAGAGGCCAAGUGAACACCUGAAGCUCAUUGUUGUGCUCAUCAACCCAUUCCUGAACCAUUCCAACGCAUUAUCCUGCUGAAAGAGGCCACGGCCAUCAGGGAAUACUGUUUUCAUGAAAGGGUAUAAAUGGUCCACAUGGAUGGCAGGGCCCAGGAACCCAAAGCAUGACACUGCCUCCACCAGCUUGCCUUUCUCCCAUAGUGUAUCCUGGUGCCAUGUGUUCACCUGGUAAGUGACGCACAUGCACGUCAUUUAAAAGAGAAUGUUAUUCAUCAGACCAGGCCUUCUUCCAUUGCCUUGUGGUCCAGUUUUGAUUCUCAUCUGCCCAUUGUUGGUGCUUUCGUCAGUGCACCGAGGUCAGCAUGGCCACCCUGACUGGUCAGGAGCUAUGCAGCCCCAUGCUCAAGAAACUGCGAUGCACUGUGCAUUCUGACCCCUUUCUAUCAGAACCAGCAUUAACUUCAGCAUUUACAGUUCACCACUGUUCCUUCCUUGGACCACUUUUAAUAGAUACUGACCACUGCAGACCGGGAACACCCCACAAGAGCUGCAGUUUUGGAGAUGCUCUGAUCCAGUCAUCUAGCCAUCACAUCUUGGUUACACACACUAUAGUUUACUUAACUUCAUAAUGUCUGCAGGAUGCAGAAUGAACCUUAACAUAGAUUAUCCAACUCGGUUAAUGGAAAUGUUUUAAAAUGUAAAUCUUUAUUUAUUUUUUUUUAAAUCUGUGACUGCAAUUUAAAUGUCAUUCUAAUCCUGUCCUUUUUUUUCUUUGUAGAUAUCGGUUUGUUUGUUCCCCAAGAACAUAAUUAUAAAGCCAUAAGACUUGCACAUGGACCCUGAACUUGACCAGUCUAUCUCCAGUGUCUUACCAGAGAUGAAUGAACUCUCAUCUCUAGAAGGCACCUCACUGAUGGAACAGACCAGUUCCUUCCUUCAUUCCGAUCAAGGAGGAGGCAAUGCUGUACACCCCCAGACAAAAACAAAAGGUUGGAAUCAAGAGAGCCAAGAGGAUGCUCUUCUCAGUCUAGAUGCAAUAUUCGCUGAUAUUGAGGAAAUCAUUAAUGAGAUGAUUUCCUUUCCUGCUCUUGAAUCUGUGCCUCCUUCUCCAAUGUUAUCAGCACCAAGUGAAGUGAAACAAGGACCUGUAAUUCCACAGUGUGUUCCUGGUCUUAAAGAGUGCAAGCCUUUUGAAGAUCUAUUAAUUUUUUCUUCACAACCACCACUGGAUACAUCUGAAUUUGAUCAUCUUUCUCAUUUGUCUUUCAAUAAUCUGUUAGAUAGCAUACCCGAUCAGCUUCUUUCAUUUCAAGAGCCAUCUCUACAGGAAGACAAAAACAAUGAUAGACUUUUAGAAACACCACAUCCUAUUCCUGAACAUCCUGUUCAACCUCACCAACAGUCUGAACUCCUCGAUGAGCUGAAGCCAAAUAAUCUAGCACCUGCCAGUCAAGCUGCACAACCCCAAAAUAUUAAUAUCUUCGGUUCGGAGGUGACACAGCAGACUGCCAUAUCGCCAAAGAAAGAGAAAUCUUUGCACAGCCAGCACGCAUUUUUUCAAUUGCAGACAGACCUGCAUGAAAUGCAGCUAAAAUCAGCCGCAAUACCUCAGAUAUAUUCUAUAUCAAGUCAAUCACCUACAUUGGGUGUUGGUCAGAGAGUGAUUACAGAAGAACAGGAACUUGAUUUAUUUAGGCGAUUCCCUUUGUAUCGUCCUUUGUAUGCAUUUUACCCUGCACAGCAUCCUCACCAACCACCAUUUCAUAUGCCUUCAUUACAGGCAAAUGGACCACCAAGGGUUCCACCAUUUUUUCAUCCAACUCUUUCUCCAAAUCUCAUGCUACCAGGUGACCAGUUCACAUAUAGAUGCCAGCAGCCAAGUCUUCAACCGUGUUAUAUGUUGCCAAACCCUUUUAUUCCUGACAGGAUAUUCAACAUGACAAACACUACAUUUGGGGACUGCCCACCUCAGCUGAACUGUAUUCAACCUGCAGCAGUAUCUCAUUUGAAAAUGAAUUCCUCUCCUUCAUUACUGCACAUGAACUCACCAGUUCCAGUGAAUAUCAGUGGUAGAGAACUUAAUCUUAAUCUUCAUUCUAUCCCUCCAAAACUGAACGAAAACUUCAGGCUGUGGCAGGAGUACCGUAAAGUUGCAAGGACAGUCUACACUAGCGGUCCUGAUCUGGAGGCCUUAGCAUGCUUCUUCAUACAAGCAAUUCACUCCCUUCAAGUUCAAUGUCCUGAUGUUCCGUUCUCGGCAGCAGUGAGGAAAGCUACUUUGGAGUGGGAGGUUCACUCCAACGUUGAUCGUAUAAAGUACUACCACAUGGCCCAGAAGUCAGUAACCCCAAAAAAAAAGACCUUAAUGUGACAUAGAUGCACUGUAUUUUCAAUUCUCAAAUUUGAUGGUGUUCUGGUAAUAGCUAUAAUUCAAAUCACAGGCUUAUAUUAAUGGACUAAUACAUUAUCUACACCAACCAGGCAUAAUAUUAUGACCACUUGCCUAAUAUUGGUGUUGGUCUCCCCUUUUGCUGUCAAAACAGCCCUGACC